CGGGCGCUGCUCCCCCGCCGCCGCCGCCGCCGCCGCCCCGCUGCCUCUCCCGAGCCUCGUCCCGAGCUCCGUCCCGACCCCGCGGCGAUGUCCGAGCGGCAGCGGCCCCGGCGCGGCCCCAGCCGGCACUCGGGGCGCUGCGCCGGGCCCUGAGCGGCCGCGGCCCCGCAGAGCCGCGGCCGGCGAGGCCCGGAGCGCCCGGCCGAGGAUGGGGAUCCUCUUCACCAGGAUAUGGAGGCUCUUCAACCACCAGGAGCACAAGGUGAUCAUUGUGGGCCUGGACAAUGCAGGGAAAACCACCAUUCUGUACCAAUUCUCCAUGAACGAGGUGGUUCACACCUCUCCCACCAUCGGCAGCAACGUGGAGGAGAUCGUGGUGAACAACACGCGCUUCCUGAUGUGGGACAUCGGGGGCCAGGAAUCCCUGCGCUCCUCCUGGAACACCUACUACACCAACACCGAGUUUGUCAUAGUUGUGGUGGACAGCACAGACAGAGAGAGAAUUUCUGUGACUAAAGAAGAGCUGUAUAAAAUGUUAGCACACGAGGACUUGAAGAAAGCAGGGCUGCUGAUCUUUGCUAACAAGCAGGAUGUGAAGGAGUGCAUGACAGUAGCUGAGAUCUCCCAGUUCCUGAAGCUGACUUCAAUUAAGGAUCACCAGUGGCACAUUCAGGCCUGCUGUGCUCUCACUGGAGAGGGGCUGUGCCAAGGACUGGAGUGGAUGAUGUCCCGCCUGAAGAUCAGAUGAUUUUUAAUGACCUCUUUGCACAGACAUUGCUGCAGCAGAGCUGUUCCAGUGGCAGACUGGUGGGGUGGAUGUAUUUAUACUGAACUGAUGGCAACUGUAUUUUCUACAUAGCUGCACACACACACACACACACACACACACAGGGACAGGAGCUGGGAGCAGGCACAGGAGCAGAGGAGCACUUGGGGCUCCAGGUUGGUUCGGAGGACGCGCUCAGAGCUGUGACCAACCUUCUUUUGAAGCCGCCCCUCGGAACAGUCCGGCCUCAGGCGUGGGGAGGAUGGAGCGAGAGGAAGGAGCUUUUAAUUUCGAGUUUCAUUAUCCCAUUGUAGCCCUCUCCAGUGGAAGGUGUUGGCUUCAUUAUCCCAGUAAAUCAGCGAGCCAAUCACUGGCGUAGGUAUCGACUCUCCGGUAUUUCUGAGGCUGCCGAUGUUACAAACGCAGAACUCUUUUCCUGUAUGUGUACUGUACAUAUUUGUGUAUAUUUAUACCUCAAUCCUAGGUUAAUUGCAAUCUGCUCAGACCAGUGGAAAGCUGAAUCAGUAUGUUGGCAGUAGUGCUGAUCUGUGACACGGCCACGUCCCCGUGUCAGCAGUCCCUCCGCGUCCGUACGCUGUAACGUCAAUCACACCUUGGCUCUCCACAACCUGAUCAACAAACUCUCUCUUCAGCCCAUUGCUUGUUUUUCCACAUGAUUUUUGGAUUAGGGAGGAGGCUGGAAUGGAUUGAAGCACAUGGAUUGAGCUUCGAAUUCCAGGGCUGGCAAACAACAAAUUUGCCAAAGAGUUUCAGAUGAAAUGGGUUUUCCUCUUUUAUUGUGGUCAUUGGAUUGGGUGAUGCUGCAGGUCCUGUCCACUGCUUUCCUUCUCUGCCUGCUGGUUGAUUCAGGUCUGGCAGAAAUACCUUUGGCUGUCAAAAAGGGAAAAGUAUCUUUUUUUUCUUAACCAAAGAAGAGGCACAAAAGCAUGUUUGAAAGUGUCGCUGGAAUCGUACAAGGCAGACUCUAAUGAAGUGUUUUUCAGAGGAAACACUCUCUUUGCUACAUAAAAUGUGCAGAUACUAAAAUGUGCAGAGGUAUCAGUAUGCAGUGGAGGGGACUGGAUGGGUACAAAGCAGAUGACACUACUUGAGAAGCUCCAAGUGACCCACACGAGUUCCAGGGCAGAUCUUGAAAGCAGAACUCCCUUGCAUGGUCCCCAGGCAGUGUGAGAACACUAGGAUCACCUUUCCCUGCUGCAGCUCCUGCUGGGAUGGCUGUCCCAGGCAGAAAGGGGUCAGAAUUCCCACUUCAGAGGAUCCAGGCAGUUGGGAAGGCAGUGGGAUGCUUGGAAGUGCCAGGCUCUUUUGUGGGAGAUGCAAUGGGAGUUCAGCAAAAUGAAACUAAACUGUGUUUAAAAUGUUCUUCCCUUUCUCAGCCCCUGUGUCUGGUAAGGAUGGAAAAGGCAUUUUAAAGACAUUUUAAAGCUUAGUUUGAACUUUUUAAGGUGCUUCUCUUUGGUUCUGGGAUAAUCUGGUCAGCUCCUGCCUUCCUGCCCACCUGACUCCCUGGGAGCAUGGGAAUCCUGGGGAAAGGAGGGGAGGCAAUCUCUAAGUCUGUAUUUAACAAAGGCAGGUAAAGAAUUUAACUUUUUAAUCUAUUUUUGGUAUCUCCAACGCUCCCUGGCUGGGGGAUCUGCUGUCUUUGUUAAACAUUAAGGUGUACAUGCAUAUAUCUCUAGUGCAUGCACAUAGAUCUUGGUAUUUAACUGGUGUAUUGCAAAAUGUAUCAAUGUUUGAAGAAUUAACAAUUUAAUGCAAAGACUCUCUCAGUUUCUCUGACAGUAUCUACAAGCAACGAGCUCUGUGCACACUUGCAUAUGAAAUGGAAUUGUACAUUUUCUAGUCUAAAAAAAGAAAAAGCAGACUUGCUUCUAAACCCAA